AUGAAUAAUAUGUAUGUUAUUCCAUUACUUUAUCGAAUAUCAGCUAUGAAUGAUCUUGUAUCCAUUACUCGAUUACAACAUGCAUUUCAAAGUGUUAUUAGAAAACAUAAUAUUCUUCGAACAGCACUUUAUAUUGAUGAUACAAAUGGUAAUAUUAUACAACACUGUUUAGAUGCAGAUAUCUUUCUCAACGAUGAUAUGAAAUCAUAUGGACUGAAAAUCGUUAAUCUUCAUAAUGAUGAGUAUCGUCAUAUGAACGAAGUUAUUGAAGAAAUAUUAAAUCAAUCUGAUUUAUUUGAUUUAUCAAAAGGACGUGUUAUUAAUUGUCAUAUCCUUCGUCGUGAACAAUCAAAUCAUUCAUUCACUCAGAAUAAUAAUGAUCUAUUGACUAAAGACGAUCUCAUAUUAUUUACCAUUCAUCAUGCUUGUUUAGAUGGAGCAUCAAGAUCAAUCUUCACUCGUGAUCUUUCUCUUGCUUAUCAAUCUGAUGGUUCACUACCUGUAGACGAUAAUUCAUUACAAUACAUCGACUAUUCUGUUCAUGAACAUAUAAUGGAUAUGUCAUUGUCUCGUCAAUUCUGGCAUUCUCAACUUGAAAGAUACAAUAUCGAAUGUUCGUUAUCAUUACCAGUUGAUCGACAACAUUCAUCAACUAGUCAACAACGAUCAGGUGCAGCAUCCAUAGCUGAAAUCAAUUUUGAUGAUGAAAUAUGCACAUCAUUUCUAAAUUAUGCAUCAUCACAUCAUCUUACACUAUUUCAACUUGGAUUAGCAACAUUUUAUAUAUUUUUAUUUAAAUUAACUCAUGGUCAAACUGAUCUAUGUAUUAGUUCUAUUAAUGCUAAUCGAUAUCGAAGUGAAUUAGUGGAUAUGAUUGGAAUGUUUGUAUCAACAUUACCGUAUCGUGUUGAACUUGAUCCUCAUUGGUCAUUUGAUGAAGUAGUUCAAUAUAUGCAAGAAAAAUGUUUAUCAAUUCUUGAACAUUCUCAUUAUCCGUUACAACAUAUUCUUGGUGAUAAUCGAAUUAAUCAAUCAAAUGUAUCAUUUCUUGAAACAAUGUUUGAUUUUAUCACUAUAUCAAAUGAAGGUAACGACUUAUGUUUGAAUGGUGUCAAUUUAGAACAAGUAUCAUUCAAUGGAUCAUAUGAAAUGGCGAAAUUUGACUUCUCAUUAACAUUUGAAUACAACCCAUUAUCACAUAAUAAGAGAUUAUCAUGUAGUUUUGUUUGUUCACAUGAUUUAUUUGAAAAAUCAACUGUUUCCAAAAUAGCUCAAAGAUUUCAAUAUAUGUUUGAGCAACUGUUCGAAACACAAUCAAGCAAUACUCCUAUCAUCGAUAUGAGUCCAUCGAUUAACAAAGUGUGUCUUAUUCUUCCUGAUGAAGCUGAAGAAAUGGAAUCAGUCGUGUUUUAUCGAUUAGAGAAUAUUGUGAAUGAAGGUAUGAUUGUAUGCAGCUUAUUCUUUUAUUUUAUGAAAGUGAUAGUCAGUUAAACCAGUAAUGAGAAAUAGGCAUUAAAGUGUAUUCCAAUGUAUAGAUAUAGUAUCUAUAGUUUUUAAAUAAAUCCUAACGGAAUAAAUAAUGAGAAAAUAAGGAUUUAAAUGAGUUGUGAU